AUGAAGUCCGCCGUUGUCCUCGCCCUCGCCGGCGCUGCCCUCUCGGCCCCCACCCGCACCGUCGAGAGCCGUGACUUCCCUGCUCUUGGAAGCGGAACUGGUGGCCUCGAUGCUCUCAAGUCCAUCUUCCCCGAGCUGGGUAACGGCGCUAGCGGCCUCCCCAGUCUUCCUCACUUCAGCGGCCUCCCCGCCCUGGGUGGAUCUGGUGGCCUUCCUAGCCUCCCCACCGGCCUCCCCAGUCUCUCUGAGAUCGGCGAUGAUCUCAAGGAGGGUGCUUCUCAGACUGAGAAGCGCCAGUUGUCUGGUCUCAGCUCUCUUGAGUCCCUCAUUCCCAGCUCGAGCUCUGACAGCAGCAGCGGAAGCGGCCUCAGCUCCCUCCUGUCUGGUUUUGGUGGAUCUGGAACUAGCGGUAGUGGCUUGAGUGCUCUCGAGUCUCUCAUUCCCAGUGCUGGUUCCUCCGGCAGUGGCAGUGGCCUGAGCUCGCUCCUCUCUGGCUUGGGCGGAUCCGGGACCACUGGUGGUGGCUUGAGUGCUCUUGAGUCCCUCAUCCCCAGCGCCGGCUCCAGCGGCAGCGGCAGCGGUCUCAGCUCCCUGCUGAGCGGCUCAUCCACCAGCGGCGGUGGUUUGAGUGCUCUUGAGUCUCUCAUUCCCAGCUCUGGCUCUGGCCUGGGCUUCAAAGCCCGUCGUGAUGCCACCGAAGUCGAGAAGCGCCAGCUUGGCGGCUCUACUGCCAACGGCGUCACCUCCAAGGGCGACUGCACCGAGCUGACUUUCAUCUUCGCUCGUGGUACCGGCGAGAUGGGCAACAUGGGUUCCGUCGUCGGACCCGAGGUUGCAACUCAGCUGAAGUCUCUCACCAACAACAAGGUCACCGUCCAGGGUGUGACCUACGCCGCCAGCGCUGCUGGUAACGCCGAACUCGGUGCCAGCGGUGGUCCCGCCAUGGCCAAGCUCGUCAAGCAGGCUCUCAGCCAGUGCCCCAAGACCAAGGUUGUUGUCGGAGGAUACUCUCAGGGAGCCAUGGUUGUGCACAACGCCGCCAAGAGCCUUUCUGCUGGUCAGAUCUCUGGUGCUGUUCUCUUCGGUGACCCAUUCAAGACCCAGUCUGUUGCCAACCUCUCCAACGACAAGCGCAAGGAGUUCUGUGCCACUGGUGACCCCGUUUGCGAGAACGGAUUCAACGUCAUGGCUCACCUUACCUAUGGAAGUGACGCGAAGACUGCUGCGCAGUUCCUUGUUAGCGCUGCUGGCCUUUCCUAA